AUGCGUUUUUCAUACAUUUCCACUCUGCUAUUGGCACCUCUUGCACUUGCGAGUCCUACCCCAAGCCCAAAUGCCAUCUCAAUCAACCAGCGUGAUGUCUCUGUCCCCCUUGAAUCUAGAACUCAAUAUGUCAGUCAAAAGAUCAAAAAUGUUGUUGACGAGGGUCACAAAGUCACAGAGAUGUGCCAAAACUACAAGGGCGGAGUCUUCGAAUCCAUCAAACUCUAUAGGCAAUUUAAGACUUGUUACAGUUCAGUUCAGUCGGCCGAAAAGGCUGCGAGCCAAUCGGGACCUAUGAGUGAGGAUGAAAGCGCGAAUGUUGAAGCUGCUUUGGAACACCUCACUCCCGAAUUCUUAGAAAUCUCAAAAGCUCUUAAAGAACGUAAAAGCAUGAUUCAAAAUACCCGAUAUGCAACUUACUUUGCGUCGGAAAUUAAGAAACUGCAAAAGAAUGUAGACGGUUUAUACAAUACUUGCCAGAAAAAGGUCACAUCUCCCCACCAACCGAAGAUCAAGGCGCUCGGGAGUGAAGUAGAUGCGCAGUUCGAGAUUGUAAAGAAGGAACUUGCCAGCAAAUCUAAGGCCCGAAAAUCUCUUGAAUCUGGAUUGGAUAAUGAGAAACGUGAAGAUCUUGAGAAGCGUUUCGAUUUGCCGGAUUUCUCAGAGUUCUCAGAUCUUUCAGAAGGUUUCUCGGAAGGUCUCGAAGGUCUCGAAGGUUCUUCGAAAGGUCUCCCAGGCUUCUCAGGUUUUGAAGGUCUCACAGAAGGUCUCCCAAUUGGCGGAAAGAAGGAUUAA